CAAGUGAACAGGGAGAAAUACACUUGCUGUUCAAGUGUCAUUCGUCACUUGUAGCUUGGCUCUGUGUGUAGCACUGUCGCAGCAGACGCUACCACUCCUCCACGUCCCAAGAGAUAUUUGUGCUCCAGGCUUUGCUAUGAACUCUUUCUGUUGAUUGUCAGCCAGCAUAAGUGGAAGAAAACGCUGGGAGGAGCCAGCGCCUGCCUGGACGUUGCCCGUUGGAAGAACUGCUGCGCCCCAGAGACAAGUUUCAGUGUGGGAGAAACAGAGGAGGUUGCACAUCCAUUCUGGAAAGGAUCAAGAGCUUCUUUCUGGGCGCUGUUGUGUAAGCAUCUGCGCUGAUUUCAGACUAGCCCUGAAAUUUCAGAAAGACCAUGGCAAAGAAGAGAGUGGCGAUUAUAGGAGGUGGCUCCAGCGGACUUUGCAGCAUCAAAUGCUGCUUGGACGAGGACCUAGAGCCCGUGUGCUUUGAGAGCAGCGAUGAUAUUGGGGGACUCUGGAGGUUCAAGGAGAAUCCUGAAGAAGACAGAGCCAGCAUCUACAAAUCUGUGAUCAUCAACACCUCCAAGGAGAUGAUGUGCUUCAGUGAUUUCCCCAUUCCGGAGGACUACCCCAACUACAUGCCCAACAACAAGAUCAUGGACUACUUCCGGAUAUACGCCAAGCACUUUGACCUUCUGAAGUACAUCCGCUUGAGGACUAAAGUGUGCAGUGUAACAAGGCGCCCAGAUUUCGCCAGCACUGGCCAGUGGGAUGUUGUAGUGGAGACUGAUGGGAAACAGGAAUCAUCUGUUUUUGAUGCAAUCCUCAUUUGCACAGGCCACCACACGACUGCUCACCUGCCGCUGAAUACUUUCCCAGGGAUAGAAAAAUUCAAAGGACACUAUUUUCACAGCCGUGAUUACAAGAACCCGAAUGAGUUCACAGGAAAGAGAGGCAUUGUGGUCGGCAUCGGGAACUCAGGCGGGGACCUCGCUGUGGAGAUCAGCCACACGGCAGAGCAGGUCUUCCUCAGUACUCGCCGAGGGUCGUGGAUAUUGAAUCGUGUCAAUGACAAAGGCUAUCCAGGAGAUGUGGUGCUUACAACUCGUUUAAAUGCACUUUUGAAGCGGUGUUUGAGCCCAAACAUGGUAAACAACUGGGUGGAAAACCAGUUGAAUGAAAGAUUUAACCAUUCUCAUUAUGGCUUGAAGCCUAAACACAGGUUUUUCAGCCAGCAUCCAACUGUCAACGAUGAGCUGCCAAACCGCAUCAUUUCUGGCAAAGUUCAAGUAAAGCCAAACAUCAAGGAAAUUACCGAAAGUGCUGUCGUCUUUGAAGAUGGCUCAAAGGAAGAAAAUAUAGAUUUUAUCGUCUUUGCCACGGGGUACAGUUUCGCCUUUCCCUUCCUGGGGAAUACUAUCCGAGUAGUUGAGAAUCAGACCCCAUUGUAUAAAUUUGUCUUCCCUCCUCACUUGGAGAAGCCGACCCUGGCCAUCAUUGGCCUCGUCCAGCCCUUGGGGGCCAUCAUGCCCAUUUCAGAACUGCAAGCUCGCUGGGCGACCCGUGUGUUUAAGGGGCUUAAUACAGUACCGUCAACAAGUGAAAUGAUGUCAGAUAUCACAUCAAAGAAAGCAGCCAUGGCAAAAAGGUAUGUGAAAAGCCCUCGUCACACCAUCCAAGUGGAUUACAUUGAUUACAUGGACGAGGUGGCCACUGAGAUUGGGGUGAAGCCGAAUGUCUGGUCCCUGUUCCGUGCAAAUCCCAGGCUGGCCUGGCAGAUUUUGAGAGGGCCUUGCACGCCAUAUCAGUACCGUCUGCAAGGGCCAGGGAAAUGGACUGGAGCCGAAAAAGCUAUCCUGACCCAGCACGACCGGAUCAUCAAACCCCUGAGGACAAGGGCCACUGACAACUCACCUUCGGGUGCAUUGAUGCCCUUCAUGUUCAAAAUGGCUGCCUUGGCGGUGGUUGUCUUGGCAAUCCUCUAUACUUACUUUUAGGUGUCAAAGGUGCACAUUUGUUAAAGACAAAUGUUCUGGUCCCAUCCAUUUUAUCUGUUAAUCUUUAUGCUUUUUAGCAGUCAUUCUCUGUAAAUAUACACCACUGUGCCUGAAGUUGCCAACUUCUAUGUGGGGCCUGGAACUCUCCCAGAAUUACAAUUGAUCUCUAGACUACAGAGAUCAGUUCUGACUGAUACCCGGCUGAAGGUCUUCCCCUCCCCAAGCUCUACCCCCAAAUCUCAAGGCAGUUCCUAACCCAGAGUUAGCAACCCUAGCAGUGCCCUUUACAGACACGUUCUCCUGGUGAACGUCAUUCAUGUGAGCAGCAUUAUGCCAGCUUGACCCCUUUGAAUGGGUCUCUCAGGGCUUGAGUUAACAUGUGCAAUAUAUCUGUUAAAAUGCAACCAAUGGCAAAUAAGUAACUUCUCUAGAAAUAGCACUUUGAACCGCAGUGGCGUGACUGUGAUUAAAUGUUAUCAGCAUUGGAUGUCAUGAGAGUGAAUUGAAGUAGGACUAGGAACUGUGUUCCACUGUGGUUGGGUGAAGGCAAGCAAUGCUGGUGAAUAGCAAGAAAGGAACAGGAAGCAAUUGUUUAAGUCAAGUUUAAAUUGCCAUGUUUAAUUAAAAAAAAUUGUUUCACGCUCUA